CGCGCGCAGGCAUCCACUUUUACGAAAAUGGCGGCGAGUCAAGGCGGAGCGGGAGCCGUGGCGGCGCUGCAGGGCCAGCCCUACCCCAGCGUGCCUCACUGGAACCCGGGCGCGCUGCAGCACCAGCAGCCGCUGCACACGGCGCGGAGCCUGGAGCGCGCGCUGGAGGACGCCGUCUGCUCGGGCAUCCUCAACAUCAGCGGCAGGAAGCUGCGCGACUACCCGGGACUCAGCUACGACCUCACGGACACCACGCAAGCAGAUUUGUCCAAGAACCGCUUCGGCGAGAUCCCCCCUGAAGUGUGUAUGUUUGCCCCGCUGGAGUCGCUCAACCUCUACCACAAUUGCAUCAAGAUGAUUCCAGAAGCCAUCGUCAACUUACAGAUGCUUACUUACCUCAAUAUCAGUCGGAAUCAGCUGUCGGUUCUACCCAAAUUUCUCUUCAACCUUCCUCUCCGGGUCCUAGUGGUCAGCAACAACAAACUGGUGUCUGUUCCGGAUGAGAUCGGCAAGGCGAAAGACCUCAUGGAAUUGGACAUCAGCUGUAAUGAAAUUCAGGUGCUUCCUGCUCAGAUGGGGAAACUCCUCGCCUUACGAGAACUCAACAUCAGGAGAAACUGCCUGCAAGUCCUACCUGACGAGUUGUCUGAUCUACCAUUGAUCAGGUUGGAUUUCUCCUGUAAUAAAAUCACUGAAAUCCCUCCAUCUUACCGUAAGCUCAGCCAGCUGCAGCACAUUGUUCUCGACAACAACCCCAUGCAGUCCCCUCCAGCACAGAUUUGUCUGAAGGGGAAGAUUCAUAUCUUUAAGUAUUUAAACAUGCAGGCAUGUCGUCUGGAUAAAAAGCCCGACUCAUUGGACCUCCCCACGUUGGGCAAACGCUGUUUACCGCAGCAGCUUACAGACAGUAUGGAGGAUUUUUACCCUAGUAAGAACCACGGACCUGAUUCGGGUAUUGGCAGCGACAACGGUGAUAAGAGACUUUCGACUACAGAGCCAUCUGAUGAUGACACUAUCAGCCUACACUCUCAGGUAUCUGAGACAGCACGAGCUGAUGCCCACUCGCUCCUGUGCAAGCUGGACUCAAGUAAAGAUCAGGACCCGUAUGACUUCAUUGACCCUAACCCAGAUGAAGAGGCAGUGCUGUGUGAAGGAGAUCUGCAGCAGAACACGCCCUACGUGUCCUGCAUAAAGGAGUUGGAGAGGGUUCUUAAAACACACCAAAGCAAAGACAAGGAGAACUGGAAGGAGGAAUCUGGAUCAGAGAAAGAGCAGCUUGCGGAGGAAGAGGAGGAUGAACUGAAGGAAGUCUUGGACCUGAGGAAGAUAGCAGUGCAGCUUCUACAGCAAGAGCAGCAGAACAGGAGGCGAUCCCUUAUUUGUAGAGCAGAAAGUCUAAUCCACCGUAGGAGGGCGGCGGGGAGAGCACACAGGUUUCUCAGUCAUUCAGGAGGAAGCAGCAAGCAGAGAUCUCCUUCACAAGCUGUCAGGAGCGCAUCACUGGACGAGGGUAGCAGUGCGGCUUCAGCAGUAUGUGGACAGGAUGCGGACCUCACAGAUGAAGACGCAGCUUUCUCAGAGCCUUCUUCCUCCUGCUCGUUUGAUGGGAGCCUCAAGUCAGACAACAGCGACUCUGAGCCGAAAUGGCCUGAACUUCCCCCCAUUCUCAAUCAGAAUGAGGACCGCAGACGGAACAAAUAUCUGAGGAAAGACUACCUGAAGUACAAGUGUCAGAGUGCACGAAGAAACUCCACCGACAAUGACUGUGAGGAGGCUAUGCGCUCCACUGACUUCAGCACGACUCUGACUGUCUUUGGCCUGAAGCCCCGAUCAGCAUUUUCCCGUAGCAGUCGUCAAGAGUUCGGCUCCACAGAUCCCAGCUUCACCAUGAGGAGGAAAAUGGAACACCUCAGAGAGGAAAUGGAACAGAUACGUCUCCUACGGCAGAACCUGGAGUCAAGGUUGAAGGUUUUAUUGCCUGAAGAUGUUGGUGCUGCUUUAAUGGAUGGUGUUGUUCUUUGCCAUCUGGCCAAUCAUAUUCGACCUCGCUCUGUGGCCAGCAUUCAUGUGCCCUCUCCUGCUGUACCAAAGCUGAGCAUGGCCAAGUGCCGGCGGAAUGUUGAGAAUUUUCUGGAAGCGUGUAAAAAGCUUGGUGUGCCACAGGACAAGUUAUGUUUGCCUCAUCACAUUCUGGAGGAGCGUGGUUUGGUGAAAGUCGGCGUCACCGUUCAAGCCUUGCUGGACUUACCAUCCUCAAAACCCACUCAGCUGUCCACCCUGUAGCACUGCAGUAAAAGCCAUGAAAAAGCCUGGAAAGCAGGAUUGGCAGACGUUCCUUAGCAUCUUGCGUCCUGCCUUGCCUCCGUCUUACACUUCGGCCACUUCCAGUCUGUUGACCUCAAGAGAGCUUUGAACCCUUCUCUGAGCAAAAGGCCCUUUAUCUGUUAUACCCCUUUUAAACUGACUGGUGCUUGUGCUGGUGCUCUACCAGAACUAUUACCUAAGCUCAAAGCUUACAUUUCCACAAUGAAAAUAUGUGUAACCCGUAACAUUUUGGCCUCAUUGACUUGCUGGGCCUUGACCAAGGAACCAGUGGGGUGCGGUUUAUUCCAUCUCCACAAGAAGUUGUUUACGGGAGUUGAGACAAUAAGAAGAAAAUGAAGAGAGAAAAACAAGAAAAAAUCAGGAGCAAAGUUGUGGAUUGCCAGUGGUUUGUGGAAGAAACUAAGGCUUCAUUGACCAAUCUGGCCCUCAAGAUAAGUACAUGAUAACUUGGAGAGCUCAAGAAGACAAGCAGAUCGUAAAUGGAAAUUCAAGAGAAUGCGCUUAAAUGUGGGUUCAGCAGAAAAAACUGAGGAAAUGUAUGUCAAGUUGACUUCUGUUUCCAGGCUUGGCAGAGCCCACUUCCAGUUCUGUAAUCCCAGGAACCAGCACUGGCACCAUGUAGGUGAUGACAAGGGUAUUAGCACCCAUAACAGAGCUGCCAAGAACUUAAGCGAUUCAUUCCAGAACCAUACAUGCUGCAGAGACAGACGGGACUUUCUUUCACUUCAUUUGUUCUAUUGAGGAGAGGAUUUUACAUCAUGUUCCAGGGAAAAUACGUACUGCCCUAUUUGGCUUUGGCUUGGGUUAUUUUUGUCUCCUCCUUCACUCAAUCAUCUACUGGACCCCUAAGUGUGAGGGCGGGAAGUCUGACAGUUGAUUGGCUGACAUGGAACUGUCUCCUGCAUGAAGCCAAUAAAGCUCCAUUAAUGAAACAUGCCCUGACGCCUAUCCCCCACACUACGCAGCAUUUAUGGGUGUUAGAGAGGUGUGUGUACAUUUUGUAAAGAUGAACUGUGUAGGUGAAAGCUGGUAACUGAUUUGCUCCCCUGGAUUCACACUGUUGAGGUCUUUCCACACCAUGCACGGUUUGUUCAUGCGAUUUAUUCAAACCCAAAUAAAUUCUAAUUAGUAUAGGUGAUGAUAUCUUGCACACCAAACCCAAUUUUUUCUGACCCACUGUUUGAUAGAUCUGAUAGAUCGAUUGUGUACUACUCAAUGCUAGCAACUCCAAAAGCAGCUCACACUGUGUUAUGGACAUCCGAGCCAUAUGCGAACGCACUGAGUUUCAGCUCCUGAAUGAGGGGGUAAAGCUCUCCAUGCUGCUUCUCGCUUUUCCACAGUGGAAAGUAACUAAGCCAAAGGCACAGUUUGCCUGGUUUUAAGAGCAGUAGAUGUCUUUGUUACAUGAAGAUAUUCUCAGCAAGAAAAUAACUAAAUCCAGAAAAAUUGCAUCAGGUGCAGUGUGAACAAAAUGUUUCGGAAUAUUUCGUGUUGUUUGCUCACGUCGUAUUUGGUGUGCAGUGGCCUUAAAUGUGGGACAGUGCACUCUACACAGAAAGUGUGAAACAGACCAGGCCUAGAAGUCAUGUUUGGUGCUUGGCACCCAUAGGACAGCUGUGUAACAAUGCACAUUAGAAAAAAGGAUUAAGGUUUUUUUUUUUCUUUUAAGCUUUUCCUUUUGUUUAUAGGCUCAGUUAAGUUAAUCACUUUAAAUAUUGCUGAAACAAUUUCACUUUCACUGACGUCAUUUAGAAGGUUUUAGUUGUAAGAAAACAGGAGCCGGUAGGACUUUCCUGAAAUCUGCAAGCUUUGUUGGUUGCACUCAUUUCAUUCUAGUUGUGCCAUAUACACACAUACUGUAAACUAACUUUUACUCCAACUUUCCACUUUUAGACACUUUUUAAAUCUACAUUAAUGUUGUAAUGGUUUUCAUGUAUCAUCACAGUUUUCAGAGAAGUCAGUAUAUAAACACAUUCACAUACACAUGCACACACCAAGCCUGACCUGACCCACAGUGCCAUGGUUUGAGCCUGAAUCUGACCUGAAGUGACAAAAUUUAGUUUGAAAGCAACCCGUCCCACCUCAAGUUUUGAGUCCGCGACUGACUGUCCAACCAAAUAUAAUCAUGAUAGCACUGGUAAAAUUACAAUACACUAGCAAAAUUACAAUACACUAGCAAUACACUAGCAAUAUUAUAAUGGAUAAAAAACCAAAAUAAUGAAAUAAUUAUCUGCUUUAACUCAUUGAUUCAGUGCUUUCAGAAACAUCCCCAUAUGUUUUCACUGUUUAAUCCUAAAACCAUCUUUUUUACAAAGAAAAUCUUCGAUUUUACAUACUGAACAUAUAAGAGCUCCACUGAAUCGAUUCACUGGUUUAUUUCCCAUGCAUCCAUUUUCUCACAAGCAUGUUUUAUGGACCUCGGUGCUAAAUUUUAUCAACACAAGUUCAGUUUUGAAGGUAGUUCAAAUAGAGAGGAGGUAUACAGUACAGAGAAAACGAAAGCAGAGGAAACUGCACAGGGAACUUAUUAAAAGUAGGAGGGGGGCUUUGAGUCUCAAUAAAUCAUGGAUGCAUACAUCAACACCGUAACUCAGGCAUGUCAAUAUAUAGACCUUCCAGGCCAAGGUGCUGCCGAGAUUAGCGUUGACCCUCAUCUAACACUCUGAAUCCAGUUCAUGAAGUUCAGACCUUGUAAAUUAGCUGAUGAGCUGAAUCAGGUGUGUUUAAGGAAGCAGUGAGCUGAAGUGUUUUGGCCCGCGAGGACUGGAGCCUGACACAUGUGCCGUAACUGAUUACUGAUUUGUCUACAGGUACUCUAGUAAUGAGCAGUGCCAAUUUAUAAUGUUGCCAACAGAUACCCAGAUCUGUCAGGAUCACACAGUCUGUGUCUCACAGCAUCACCUAAAAGCAUUUCUUUCUGUAGGCAGUAUCAAUUCAGCUGUGCAACAUUUUCUUUGCUAGUUAAAAGAAAGAAAAGCUUCAAAUAAGAUCACAUUCACGUUUAGUUACGUUCUUUUGUGAGAUAUUCACUCAAACAGCAGGGGUCUUAUCUUUGUUGGAUUCUUUUCUCAAGUUGAUUGUUUCAGUUUAAUUUAUUUGGUGUAUUUAAAUGUGACCAUGUGUUAUUGGACCUCUGUGAUUCUGUCCAACACUGUAGACAUUAUGUAUUAUUAGACCAGUGACGUUACUGCCGACAGUUCCUGACUACUAAUUGUACAGAGAUUUGAAGGAAAUUAUUUAUGUAUUUAUUGUAUAUUUAUUCAUUCACUUGGGCUUUUUUGUUUGCUAAACCAGCUAUGUCCUAGUACUAAUGCUCAGAAAUGCUCUACUAAUGUACCACAACAUGGCUUUUAAAUCUGUUAUUUUAAUGAAUGUUUUUGUUUUUAUAUGUGUGCGAUGUUUAGCUGAGAUCAAUCUCCUUCACCUGUUCAGAGGAAACAAGCCAAGGGUACAUAGUAACAAAGCUAGCAUUUAUACUAGUGUAUCAUUCUGUAAUUGUCAAUUUCUUCAUCCUUGCUGAAAGUUGAUUUUGCAAUGAGUGUGGCAUCGCCCCCCCUUGGCUCACGCACAGGCCGAUGACAGCCGUGUCAGUUCAGUGCCAAAUGAGCCACACCAUUUAUGGCUCGUUACAGGAGCUAUCAGGAGUGAAUCACAUACACACUUCGUGUCUCACUCUCAGUAUCUGUGAUUUAUUGGUCGAUCCAGAUUCUGCUAGUCGAUUAACUGCAUUUAUUCAUGUCUUUAUUUAUGCACAGUACUGUGUAAAUCAGAGACCACCCUUUAUUUCUUUCAUUUUCAGUGGAAACAGCUGUUAUGGUUUGACUGUUCAUUUUUCAGCCUCGAAAAAAAGCAGAAAAUGUGAAAGAAAAUGACACAAGAGCCUCAACAACUACAUAAAUAUCACAUUUUAUUACAUGAAAUACAUCAUUAGCUUCUUGCUGUUGAUGGAAGAAAACCUCAUAUCUGCCUGUUAUGCCUGUUACCCUUUAGGCUGUGUGGAAGUUUAAUGACAAAUAGACUAAAAGAAAUCCCCCAAAAUGACUGGGAAAAAAGUCUGGUUCCAUUGACUUACAUUAAAAGUAAAGUAUGUUUUUUCCUUCUCCUGUAAACUUAUUAUUUUGGAGAUAAGAGAUUUUCGUCUGACAACAGCGACAUAUUCAUUUGUUAAAGAAAUCUCCAGGGAUAUUCUUCCACACUGCCAAAAUUCAGUCUCAGACUUUGGUUGUGUUUUAUAGCGGUUGGACUCUGGAGUGACCAGUCAGUUCUGAGAAAACCAGCAGCUUUCUUUCUUUCUAUGUCUUUUCUCAGCGAGGCUGUUCUUGACAGCUGCACAUCCUUUCAGACCCAUAGCACUGAGUUGGAAGGUGGAAGGGUGGCAGUGGAUGUUUUCAGCUCUGAAUCAAGAUUGGAGCUUGAUGCUCUCCUCUCAAAGACCAAGGCUUUAAGUGCUGUUUAUCUGAUGGGGGCAGUCUUGGUGGUCUAAUCAUUUAGCUCUCUAGCUUUGAAGACUCCUGCUUUUUUCAACUCAUUUCCUUUGACUUUCUUCUUUCUUAUGCUAGUGGAUUAUUUUAUCUAAUCUUCUCAUAAAUAUCUCCUGAUACAUGAGUAACUUGUGCUAGGUACUUGGUCUGCAUUAAAUAAAGGGUGGUCAUUGACUUUUGUUCUGUACUGUAACUGUGUACUUGAUGUGUGUGAAUUACAGGUACAACUGUGGAUAUUUCUACAAAUCUUGUAGCUAAUGGCUCUCUGAAGUGUUUGCAUAAUUUUGUUGUCCUGAACGUAAUGUUCACACGCAUCAGUUGUGCAAUGCACAAGAUAAAGGCAAACGUCUUCUGAACGAGCCCACUUCGAAAUUGGUCCAAGAAGGUGAUAUGCAAACUCUGCAGAUGGCACUUGAUAUUCCAGUUAGAAUCCUUGUCCAACAAGGUUUAAAUGGUGCAAUUAAAAACAAUUAUUUACUGGCUAUUUUGAGAGUUGCAGGGAGGUUUUUAGUUGGAAACAAGGUUUGGACUGAUGGGGGCUGCCCUGCACUCUUGAGUAGUUGUUUCUGUUCAUGGGCAGCUAAGCUAUAUAGAUAACUGCAUCUCUCCCCAAAAAUUAAAGAAGCAAUCAGAUAUUUUCCUUUUCGGUCCAUGGCCAUCUGUGAUGUGGAUGCCAACAUCUUGUUCUUUAUAUUGAGCAAGAUGUGGCACGCUUAAUGACUUGUUGACAUUCUUUGCUUUUUUCUGCGGAAAAGAUUGACUAAUAGCCGGGUUUUUUUGAGCGCACACCCUACUCACAGGAUGAAAACCAUCUACACAUGUAUUAAUGACUUCCUCUGACUGGCUAAGGACCUAAAGAUUUCAUCUCAAAACUUCUCCCUGUCGUAAACUUAGUCAAGGGAGUUCAACGGAGCACACAUACAGCACAAUAUUACAAAGGCCUCUUUCUCAAAUCCAUGUGUAACAGUAUUCGUUUGUUAGUGCCAUUCCACGCCAAUCAUGAAACCUUUGCUGCGAGACACCCAGCUAUAGACUGCCAGUUUGCCUUCUUGGUUUCGUAUCGUUCACCAUGCUCAGUUUUGCACUUUAUUACAGGAUACGGCAAUGCAGCUUUUGUCAUUUUCUAUCACCAGAUCUUUUUUCCUUUGGAAGCCAGUGCACUACACAUCCGCACUUCUUCAUAGCGACAGAUGAGAUUGAGGACAACAAGGCAUUGUUCAGAAAGGUUUCGAGGUCCAGCAUGUGCCAUGCUUAGCGACGUUUUUGUUUUUCUUUGCACUGGUCGUUUUGCAACUGUUUGUAUCCCUGUGUAAAAAAAAAAAAAGGUGCCGAUUCACACUCGGUUUGACUGAAGGCCAGAUGCGUGGUGUGUUUGCGCGCAGAUAGAUGUUUUGUAUGAAACAAGAUCUUGAUUGCAUGCCUGGAUCCUCUGUGAUCGAACCACCGUAUCUGUAAAUAAGCUCUGUAAAAAGUAUUUGACCCUUUCUUUUUCAAACAAAAGGCAAACUGUUUGAAAGGUCAUGAGAAAAAAAAAGAAACUUCCAAUAAAAAGACUUUUUCCAGGUA